AUGGCAACAUUAGCAGGAGAUUAUCAAUUUUCAUCAGAGCCUCGUGCUGUAAAAGGUCGUAAUAUUAAAUACCGUGAGUCCGAACAGUCCUCUGAACCAGUAAAAAUCAUGUGAGACAAACGUAUUGUCAGAGGAAACACCUAUGCAGCUAUGAUUGUCCCUUCAAAUGCCCCUCAAGAAGCCGAAAAAACCCAAAAAUCAUUCAAAAAAGCUGAAGAAAAACAAAGCUCUGAAGAAAUAGAUAGUGAUAUAAACACCCCAGAUCCCGUUGAAGGCCGCCAGAAUAUUGACGUUCAGACUGAAAAUCUACCUGAAGAGCUUUCAGAUAAACCGAAAAAUUUUAAAAUUGAGACACAAAAACUGAUUAUAAUUAAAAUAUGGCGUCUUCGUCUGGGCAUGGCCUCCCGGCCAUGCAUCCUCGACUCAUAUUUUAAUUAUAUCCAACAAGGUUUUGCCCAUUUCAGAGAUGGACGGUAAUGCUAGGUAAGCAAUUCUGGUUGUGUUCAGAGCCUAGCCCAAGUCUAUUUUCAGGAAUGUUUUUUUCCUCAUGGGGAAGGAGGGUACGGGAAGUUGGAAAGGGGAAAGCUCAGCAAGUCCUUAGGACCAAUCGGGCAACUCCCUAGCGUGAAACCGGGCGUUACGUCCCGGGCUACGUGUUUUUCCUUUUUUGCCGAGAGCUGACCAGAAAAUCCAUUUUUUGGGUUUUCGGAAAAGCAACCCAUGUCCACAAGCAAGUAACUCACUCAUGAGCCGUCGAAGUCGGUGACGUUUGCCCUAGGCGCACCCUGGUGAUCGAAGUGGGUUGUCCCAGCAACUUGUGGGCCCGAUGCGGCGAAAGGUAAGCGGCAGACCUGGGAGAAAAUCUACCCCAUAGUGGACGUUAAACGUAUAAAAUCCUAAUGUAAUGUAAUGAGACACAAACUGAUUAUCUUAUAGACAGGCCGCCAACCCCUUUAUAUACGCCUAAAAAAAUAGGGGAAGAUGUAGUUACACAGGUUGAAGAUGGUGAGCUCUUUGAUUUUAAUUUAGAAGUUGCGCCAAUACUUGAAGUUUUGAUAGGGAAAUCAUUAGAGCAGGGAAGGAUGGAAGUGCUUGAGGAAGAGGAGGUGGAAGCCAUGAGAAAGCACCAAAGGGAAUUUGAGCAGAAGAGAAAUGUGAAGCUGAUUGAGGUGCAAAAAUUGGAAGCUGAAGAACUUACUCUUUUAUGAUUUAUUAUUUAAUUUUUUAAUUUAAAAUUUUUUAUAAGACUUAAGUGAGAUGUCCUGCUGAUAUUUGGAAUAGGAUGAAGAGUUAGAAAAAGAGAUGAAGCUGAAAGAAGAAAAGUUCAAGCUAGGACAAGAAAAGAGCAGCUACAAUUUGCCCAUAAAAAAUACAUGGCUAGAAUUCUAGCCAAAAAAUACUUGAAUAGAUUCGGAAAUAACGCAACUACGUAUUUGUUAGAUUCAGAAGUUUUCAGCGAUCCCAUACUAGUUGCAUUUCAUGAUCAGCUAAUUCCUUGGCUGAGCGUUGAAAGCUUGCAAUCUUUACUUGAAGAAAACGUUAUAGUUGAAUUGUUACACCUUUGAAAAAUUAAUUAUAUAAUCAGAAUUUUAAAUAUUUAGCCUAUUGUCUUUAAAAAAAAUCGAGAGAAAAAAUUAGAUAAAAUCCAAGAAGAAUCAAAUAAUAUGCUUGUAAAACAACAUAAAAGCACAGUUGAUCAAGAAUACACAAAAAGAAAAGAAGCCAAAGAGAACGAAAUAAGAACUCAACAAGAAAACGAAGCAAGAAAACAAAGAAGAGCUGAACAAAGGAUUAUUCGACAAAAAGAAAGAGAAAUUGCAGCUUUACGAACUAAAAUCGAAGAAAAAAUUGUAAAUACAGGAAUAGUAGUCGAUAAUGCCUCACUUCAAAUUUACUCUGACAUUGACGGAAGGCAGACAACUAACAUUAUCGGCACCCCAGGUGGGCUUUUUGGAGAGCUUCUUCAAUUUUUCAGCGCUGUUGAAGAACUCACCGAAUUCGCAUUAACCCAAGAACAAAUAAAUCUGUUAUUCGACGAUUAUUUAUUAAACUGCUUAAAAGCUCCAUCAGUGAUUUAUAGCAAUAUCAAGGCUGAUCAGUUAGCAGAAUUUAUCAAAACUUUUGGAAAACCUAGCUUAACUCAUCAAAAUAUCCAUUUGGCUGGAGAUGAUAUAAAAAAUAAAAUUUUAGCCUAUCUUCAGAAUAUUAACAACUCUAUUCCAAGGACAACGCUUACACUGUUUUGGCAGCACCCACAAGAGUUUCAAAUUAGAGAAGGGCUUUAUGAAGGACUUUUAGCAGCAUUUUUUAGUCCUUUGGUAUUAAAAGAUGUAGAUGCAGCACAUCCAAACCCACUAAGGCAAAAAGUAGAAAUAAGGCCGAAUGAGUUGCCAGAAGAAGGAAAAGAAAUAGCGCUGGUAAGAAUUAGGAUACCGAAAAGAAUUUCUGAACCACGAAUAGGUGAAGAAGUUUUAGAGCCUGGGUCUCCGAAAGAAGAAAUCAGUAAUAGAGCAAUUAUGAUAAACCCGAAUAGCAAUAGCGAUGAUAUAAGUGUAUUUGUUGUACAUCAGGCUGCUCAAAGAUUAAUUAGAGCUGAUUUAUGUCAGUGGAUUAGAAGUGUAAAGGGAUUUGAAAAUGUUGAUGCUGAGAAAUUGAAAAUAAUUUUGGAGGAAAGAGCUAAAAAUAGAGAAGCUAAGCUUAUCAGUAUGAUAUGCCCAGAUAUUCCUGUUUUUGAUUUCGAGUUUAAUUAA